AUGAUUGAAAUGUCACCAAAACUGUCGAAACCGUUAUCACCGGGAGAUGUGAUCACUCAAGACAUACCAAUCAUUCAUAUAUUGUAUGAUAAAUACAAAAACAAAUAUUGCGAUAAUUGUCUCAAACGAUCGGAUCAGUUGAAGAGAUGCUCGAAAUGUCUUCGUAUGUAUUAUUGCGGUAAAGAGUGUCAGAAGAAUGACUGGAAGUAUCACAAGAAUGAGUGUCCACUGCUUAACCACGAAUCGAUCCAAUAUUUCAUAUCAGAUGAUUGGAUGCGCUUUUGGUUCCGACUCUACCUUUCGGUGCAAAACAUCCCAACGUUUGCCACAGAAAAGUACCGAUUGUUUGACGGAUCGGAAGUCAGUCUUAGAGACAUUGAAGUGAAGGCCAUUAACGACGAUAAGAAAUGCCGUCUUUUGGAUAUGAUUUGCGAUGAUUUGAGUGAAUUAAACAUUGGUUGCGAUCGACAAGAAGUACGGCAUUGGUUGGCACUUCUGUUUACUAUUCCUCUCAUUGCUAUCAAAUCCGGUGAUCGGUAUAUACGGGAAGAGAUUGACGCAAUCGGCGCCGGUUUGUACGCCCAGUACUUAACACUCGGCCACAGCUGUCAACCCAACAGCGCUUAUCUUCUCGUCGGUAAAGACCUAUCGAUACAAUUGCGGGCAAUGAGACCGAUAGCUGUCGGCGAAGAGAUUACCAUAAGUUUCGUGACGUUAAGUAAAAGCCGUGACGACAGACAGAAAGCGCUGAAAUUGUGGUCAAUUGACUGCGAGUGCGAUAAAUGUGUCCACCAUUUGGACCGACAUUUAGAUUAUGGUAACUCAAAAUUGAUGGAAUUCCUGCCUCUCGACGAUUUCACUUCAGGCACACAAUUAAUGCAUUAUUUAAGUCAAGCGUUGAUUGAAUUGCAUGUGGUUUACGGUGAAUAUCACCCGCAGAAGACAUUUUAUAUGAGCGCAAUACUAAUGAAAGUAAUCAAUUGUUCACUCAUUUCCGAUACGGUUUGCGAUGAACUAAAGGCUAAUCUAAUGAAAGCAAUUGAUGUGACAUUUCUGGCCGACUGUCCAUUAAGUGUCCAUAAACUGAGACACACUUUACGGACAACUCUUUCAUACCAUAAGUCAAUCGCUUCCAACACAAAGUCAGUCACAAGAUAUCACACAAACGGAUCAAAUAAUCAAAUCUGUGAAAUGUCACCAAAACUGUCGAAACCGUUAUCACCGGGAGAUGUGAUAACCGAAAACUUGCCACUCAUUCAUGUAUUGGAUGUGGAAUUCAAAGGCAAAUAUUGUGACAAUUGUUUCAAACAAUCGGAUCAAUUGAAGAGAUGUACGAAAUGUCUUCACAUGUAUUAUUGCGGUAAAGAGUGUCAGAAGAAUGACUGGAAAUAUCACAAGAAUGAGUGUCCAUUCUAUGGACAGGAAGUGAUACAAGAGUUGAUAGAAGACUAUUGGAUGCGGUUUUGGUUCCGACUCUACAUAUCAGUCAAAAAGAUCCCAAACUUUGCGACAGAAAAGCACCGAUUGUUUGACGGAUCGGAAGUCAGUCUCAGAGAUAUUAAAGUCAAUACCAAUCAUAUGACCAAAGAUGGGAUCAAUUAUUAUUUGUCUGCAAUGUGUCUCGUCUUAAGACAAGUGGGCAUAGAUUUCACUCGAGAAGAAGUGCACCAUUGGUUAGCCGUCGUGUUUACAGUCAUUAAGGAUGACAUUAAAGCAUACGAUCCGCAGACGGGAACCGUUGCCCUCAUUGGUCGCGGGCUUUACGUCCAGCACUUGUUUCUGAAGCACAGCUGCCGUCCCAACAGCUCUGCCAUUAUUAAUCUCAACGGACUGUCGCUAAAAAUGCGGGCAAUGAGACCGAUCGCCGCCGGCGAAGACAUUACCGUUAGUUUAGUUGAUUUGGACCAAAGCCGCGACGACAGACACAAUGCGCUCAAACAGUGUUCAAUAGUGUGUGAGUGCGACAAAUGUGUCCACCAUUUGGACCGUCGCGUCGAUUACCAACGCCUGCGGACGACAGACCUCUUCCCACUCCGUGUCUUCACUUCCGGCCAACAAUUGACUGAUUAUUUGCGCGAAGUGUUGGACGAAUUGGAUCUCGUUUUCGGUCAAUACUAUCCGAAGAAGACUAUUAUAUUGUCCACAAUUGUAACCCAAUUAUACAAUUGUCCCGUAAUUCCCAAAUGUGUUCUCAAGGAACUGAUGGUCAGUUUGUCGAAAGCUAUUGCUGUGACACAACUGCAAGACUGCCCUCUCAUCGAUCAGUCACUGAAGAGUUUGCUUUCGGACCAAUUGUCUGAACAGCGAAUCCAGUCAUAA